GAAUCCAGAUCUGAACCAGGAAUAAGAAUCACCCGCAGAUAGAAGUCAACAUCUGAGGAUGACGGACGCAAGUAAGCAAAUGAUGGCACAGAAAAGUGCUAAAAUUGCUGCUGGAGCUGUGGUUUGUGUUGAGAGUGAAAUAAGAGGAGAUGUCACAAUUGGGGCUAGAACAGUGGUCCAUCCUAAAGCCAGGAUCAUCGCAGAAGCAGGACCUAUAGUGAUCGGAGAAGGAAACCUGAUAGAAGAACAGGCCCUCAUCAUUAACAGUUAUCCAGAGAACAUCAUGCCUGAUGCUGAGGACGUGGAACCAAAGACCAUGAGCAUCGGUGCUAACAAUGUGUUCGAAGUGGGAUGUGUCUCUCAAGCUUUGAAGAUCGGAGACAACAAUGUGAUCGAGUCUAAAGCUGAUCUGGGGAGGAACGUGAUGCUAACCAGCGGCUGCAUCGUCGGCGCCUGUUGUCAGAUCAACACGUGUGAAGUCGUACCGGAGAACACGGUCGUGUACGGGUCCAACUGCAUCAGGCGUGUGCAGAAUGAAAAACCACAGCCUCAGACUCUGCAGCUCGACUUCCUCAUGAAAAUCCUGCCCAACUAUCACCACCUGAAGAAGACGGUUAAAGGAAGCGGCACCCCGAUCCGAAGUUAACCUGGAUCUGGAUCCAGAGGGACGAGGCCUUCUGCUCACAGACACUAAUGUUUCCCUAAAUGCAGUGUGUUACACAUUAUAGUCACUUUUAUGUGUUUGUUUUUUUUUUUUUUUUUACCAGGUCAGAUGCUGUUUAUUAUCCUGCCUUCAUAUGCUAUGGGAAUUAUGGU